UGACAUUGUCUGUGAAGAUAUUGCAGGCUUUCGAGCGAAAAUGUCACAAGACAGAAAUGCACUGUGCUGUUUAAUUUUACGGGAACAUUUUGGGGAAUUAGUCUCGAAGGUUGCUAAAGUUUUACUCAAGAAAGGGCCAUGUAUACUUAGAUAUAUAUUAGCGGAAUCUGGACUUGAAUUGAAACAGGUAAAGAAACUCCUCUGUCUUCUAAUACAACACAACAUUGUCACAUUUCACUUAAACAAGAAAGGAUUGACAGAGUACACUAUAGAUUGUGAUGUUAUUCAAUGGCGUAUUCGCUUCCCUCGCUACAUUUACUGUGCAAAGACUCUGUAUGGAGAUGCAGCAGAACUUCUGGUGGAGGACCUUCUAAAUAAGGGGCAGUGUCUGAUGAGUGAGACCAUCAUUACUAUUACAGACAAACUCAACGAAGCCCUAGAUGCCUCAGGACAUCCCUAAGAUAAAAGCUGGGCUUGUGAAGGAGAAAUUUGAAAAUUUAGCAAAAACACAUUUCAUUCAGCGCUGUCCGAAUUGUAUAGACAAAGAAGACACAGAUGUUGUGGCUGCUGCUGCUGCUGGACAAGCACCUGAUGAGGAGGAGCUCUAUAUCAUUCCAAAUAUGGAUAUUGAUGGAGAAGUCAGCAGAAAGAGGAAAGCGAUCCACAGAAGGGGAGGGAACUCCAGCCAAAAGGAGCAGGACAGAGUCACAGGAGGAUACAGAGCUCCCAAAAGAUGAUGGUAUUUACUGGAAAGUGAAUUUUGACCGGUUCCACCAACAUUUCCGAGACCAGGUCUUGGUAGCUUCUGCUGCUAGCAAAAUAGACAAGAAAGCAGGGGAAGUGCUGCGGACAUUUCUGAGACUGAGUGAGACAAAAUUUUCAUCAGGUGCUACCACCUCAUGUGCAAUAAGUGUGAAUGAGGUGUUCCGUGCCUUGCCCAAGGAGCUGUUCCUAACUAGACAUGUGUUGGAGAUGUACAUGACAAUGUUGUGUGAUGAUAUGAAUGGAAUGUUCACAAAGGUGGAUGAGAUGUCUGGUGGUUUGUAUGUUGUUAAUUUCUACAAAGGUUUGCAAGAGAUUGCGAAGGCCCACUUAGAGUCUGUAGUACAGGAACGAUUUGGCUCCAAGUGCUUAAGGAUCUUCAGAGUUUUGUUGUUGAAGCAACACUCAAAGCAAAAACAGAUUGAGGAUUAUGCUAUGAUAUCUGCCAAGGAAGCUAAGGAAUUGCUGUAUAACAUGUUUUCUGAAAAUUUCAUCACUCUAACAGAAGUGUCCAAAACUCCUGACCAUGCUCCCUCCCGCACAUUCUACCUCUUCAAUGUUGACGUUCCCAAGGUAGCCAGGAUUGUGGAGCAGAGAUGUUACAAGGCUGUGAAGAAUGCAAUGGUACGACGCGAGACAGAAGUGGCUGAGAACAAGAGAGUUCUAGACAAGAAGGAGAGAGUAGACGCCAUUGUUGUGACACUGACUGAUCCAGAACAGAAGGAGGAGAUUGAGCAGACUAUCAGUCCUCCGGAACAGGAGCAGAUACUUAAAGUCAAGCACACAGUACGAAUGUUAGACCAAUGUGAGAGCCAGCUAGACGACACACUCUUCGUUCUCCAGUCCUAUCUACAGGCAUCUAUACAACACAACCUGGAGAAUGUAGCUGUUAAAAAGAAACGCUGACAAAAAUAAAUAUCUUACUUAUGUUAUA